CAAAGUGUUUCCGACAAGUAUUUUGACACCGUCUUCGAUAAAAUCGCACUUUAAAUAUAAUCCUUCUAGUACACAGUCCGCAGUACCGUAUCGUAGGUGUCCUUAAGAAGUAUGACUGUGCUUGAUGGAGUUUACUAUCACGAUGAAGCGAGAAUUAAAAGAAGAUUUAAAAAGUCAAUCAAAAAUGUGUGCAGUACCAAAACAUUGAAAAGAAAGUUGCCAAUAAUACAAUGGAUCCCAACAUACAGCUUUAGUAUCUUAAUACAAGACAUUAUAGCAGGUAUAACUGUGGGUUUAACGGCUAUCCCUCAAGGUAUUGCGUAUGCUAUUAUCGCCGGUCUCUCACCAGAAUACGGACUAUACGCUGGAAUAAUGGGUGGAUUAGUGUAUGUGUUCUUCGGUAGCUGUAAAGAUGUAACAGUAGGGCCAACUGCGAUCAUGGCAGCAAUGGUUGGCAAAUACGUAAGAGGCUACUCAGCCGAAUUUGCUGUACUGGCGGCGUUACUUGCUGGCAUAGUGGAGUUAUUAAUGGGAAUUUUUAAUUUUGGAUUUCUAGUCGAAUUUAUAUCCGCACCAGUGAUCAGUGGUUUCACAACAGCGGCUGCGCUGCAGAUAGCAUCUUCACAGUUGAAGUCACUUUUCGGUCUUGAUGGCUCAUCAGGCACAUUUUUUGCUGAAUCCGCUGUGAGUUUCGUCAAGAAUAUAAAAACUGCAACACUUUGGGAUCCCAUUCUUGGCUUUGGAACGAUACUUGUGUUGGUGAUUCUAGAACGUGUUGGACAAGGAUGUUCUUUAUCUGGCGCCACUUCACAAAAAAUCAGAUGGUAUAUAUCUCUUAGUAGAAACGCUGUUGUUGUAAUUAUUGGAAUGUUAGUAGCGUUUAUAAUCAAGCAAAUACUAGAUGAAGAACCUGUGAUAUUAAUUGGUGAUAUAUCUGGCGGACUCCCUGUGCCCAAACUCCCACCUUUCAGUGCUGUAGUUGGUAAUGAAACUUAUAAUUUAUUUGAUAUGCUCAGCUCAUUUGGACCACAAUCACUUGUUAUACCACUAGUAGCUAUAUUAGAGGCGGUUGCCAUAGCCAAAGCUUUCGCUGGCGGAUUACAAGUUGAUGCUAAUCAAGAAAUGAUUGCACUUGGAUUAUGCAAUAUUGCGUCAUCAUUUGUAAGUAGCAUGCCUACAACUGGUUCUUUUACGAAGACUGCAUUGAACCACGCUUCAGGUGUGCAGACUCCUGCUGGAGGCAUUUUCAACAGUCUCUUAAUUAUUUUAUCACUAACAACAUUAACUUCUACUUUCUAUUAUAUACCUAAAGCAUCGUUAGCGGGACUUAUUAUAACAGCAAUGUUGUCUAUGAUAGACUAUAACAUGUUUGGAAGAUUAUGGACACACAGUAAGCGUGAGUUAUGCGUUUUAAUUGCAACUGUAAUCAUAUGUUUAGGUAUAGGACUAGAAUAUGGUAUAAUGACAGGAGUAAUUUUUGAUGCCGCAAUAAUUUUAUAUGGUAGAGCCCGACCUACCCUUGACUUUUACACUGUAAAAUCAUUAAAAGCUGAUUUGAUCGUAGUUCCACUAAACUAUAAUUUCUCUUAUUGCGCUGCAGAACAUGUUAGAAAUAUACUUCUUAAGGCAGCUCUUAACGCGUCAAAAGACUGCUUCAUAAUUAUUGACGGCACAAAUCUUCUUAAUAUUGAUACAACAGUUGCAUCACACCUUAUGUCUGUUUCACAUAAUAUAGACAAACGAGCAUGCCCCGUUCUGUUCUUGAACUUCGACGAACCACUUAAGAAAAUGUGUAUCGCAAUAAAGCCGGUAUUUGCAGAAAAGUUUAUAACUACUGUAAAAAUAUCUGACGUUGUCGACGUAUAUAUGAAAAAUAUAUGAGUGAUAUAUAGUGAUUUUAAGUUUUAAUUAAAGGAUCUCUGAGAUACGAUAGGUCAAUGUUAGGCCAAGAACUAGUUUUUUUUAUUGAAUUACACUUAGCUUAUAUUAAACGAUAUAGUUACUUUUAUAUUUUUAUUUAAUAUAGUAAUAAAUGUAACCAACAAAUAUUAAGUUAUAGUUUUUGUUUUGUAUAAAGUACCUAAAAGAUUAAAAGUUUUAAUAAAUGCAGGACUCUGAUAUCCCAACACUUUUCUAUGUAAGUGUUCCAACGUGUAAACCGUUCACAAGAGAAUAUUUUAUGUAAGAAUAUUGAGUUAUUUUUGAUUAUGUCAGAUUUUUAAUAUAAUGUAUAACGUCUAGUAACACUCUCUCACUAAUAGAGGCUGUGGGCAAGGGGAGGUAUAUCGCAAAAUUUCUGAUCCCCUCAAUAUUUCUAUUGCUCCGUUGAACGCGUCAAAGAGGGGUGUCAUUCGGUUUCCUGGAAUUUAUUAACGUGAUUCAGCACUUGUGAAGGUGGCAGAUUUAUGUUCUUAUCCCGUCAAAUAAGUGCAUAUAUCGUUUAGGCUUCACUGCCACUUUUUCAAUUUAGACGUACCAAAGGAAAAAUUUAAUAAUUUGAAUCUUAAUAGAUUUUUUAAUAAAUGUUUGUAAAUAUUAUUAUUUUAAUAUAUAAUAGCUUAAAAUAAGUUUGCAAAAACAAUGGUAUUCAAAGUCUAAAGUUAAGAAACGUCCAACAACGAAUAUCUGAGAAAACUGUAUCAAGGUUACUCAGACUUCAAGAAUUUUGUUUGGUUAUCAAUAAGACAGUAGUGUUCACUUCAACGUGUUUGUGUGUACUGAUAAAUUCAUGUGAUUUAUUAUGGAAACAACAUUAUCUUCACACAAUCUACUUUGGAUUGAACUGUCUGACAUACUACUUGAUAAUGUCACUAAUUAGGGUUCUGCUGCAAAGGAAUCUAUGAAUUUAUAUAAUAUUAAGUAUAUGUUGGA